AUGAGUGGAUGUCCGUUUUCAGGAAAUAUUGUGUUCUUGUCCUUAAAAUUACUUACUCACAGUACUGCAGAGGAGGAAGAUGAUUCCCAGAAGGGCAUCGACAAAGCUGCUAAAGGAGGACUCAUUUAUGGAAAGUAUCUACAGUUGGAUAAGAUUUUAAAUGCACAAGCGUUAGAAAGUGAGCUGAGACACAACAAAAGUCAUGAUGAGCACCUCUUCAUUGUCACCCACCAAGCAUAUGAACUCUGGUUUAAGCAAGUCCUUUGGGAACUGGACUCAGUGCGUGAACUUUUCAUACAAAAUCAUGUACAAGAUGAGAGGAACAUGUUGAAGGUGGUGAGUCGGAUUCAUAGAAUUACCGUGAUAUUCAAACUACUUGUGGAUCAGUUUGCUGUUUUGGAGACAAUGACUCCUUUGGACUUCUUUGACUUUAGGGAAUACCUGUUUCCAGCCUCAGGGUUCCAAAGUCUUCAGUUCCGUCUCUUGGAGAUUAAAGUUGGUGUGGCAGACAACCGAAGAGUUCCAUACGACCAGAAGCACUACAGGGAAAACUUCCAUGGCCAGGAAAGUGAGGACUUACUCAGAUCAGAGCAGGAGCCUUCCUUGCUGCAACUUGUGGAGAAAUGGUUGGAGAGAACACCUGGCUUGGAAGAAGAUGGGUUCAACUUUUGGGGGAAGUUACAAGCAAACAUUGAAGAGGGUUUCAAACUAAAGAUGCAGAAACUUGAGGUUCAGCCAGAUUCUGAGAGGAAAGAGGACAUGAUUCAGGAUCUGAAAAAACAGAGAGAAGGGUUCACUUCUCUGUUUGAUUCCAAUCAUCAUGAUGAUCUUUUAAGAAAAGGUGAAAGACGACUUUCGUACAAAGGCCUUCAAGGAGCUCUGAUGAUCUACUUCUACAGGGAAGAACUUCAAUUCCAGGUACCCUUCCAGCUGCUGAAUUCUCUGAUGGAGGUUGACACCCUCAUGAAUAAAUGGAGAUAUCACCAUGUGUGCAUGGUGCACCGCAUGAUUGGCAGCAAAGUAGGAACAGGAGGCUCCUCAGGCUACCUCUACUUACGCUCCACAAUCAGUGACCGUUAUAAAGUUUUUGUGGAUUUGUUCAACCUGGCCACUUACCUGGUGCCACGUGACUGGGUGCCCAAAAUUGAGCCCCAACAUUAA